AAAGCGAUUGGACCGCGGUGAUUGGAUAAUAAUUAACGCCGGCGUGACAAGCUGAAAUCGUAACCGUGGUUUAUCAUUAUCUUUGACGAUGAGCCAACACGGCGUCUCAGGCAAUCCCGAACCUAAAUCCGAACCUCCUAUUGCGACAGGCUCGUCGAGUCCGAAGAUGAAGAUUAGUCCCAAAUUGAAUCGCUGGUCCAUGGGCCGAGCUUUACGAUCCGGUUGUGUUAAGCUCGACCGUCCAAUUCGCCGUACCGAUAACACGCAUUGCCGUCAAGCAACGGAAGCCAAUGAGACGGAGGAGGAUGAUAAGAAGACGUCGGCGAUUGACGUUGAGAUAACGGCGGGAAAGUCUAUCUAUUUGAUUUCCGACGGGACAGGGUGGACGGCUGAGCACUCCGUUAACGCCGCUUUGGGGAAAUUCGAAAAUUACUCGGUGAAUCGUGGGUCUUCUGUUAAUACUCAUCUCUUCUCUUGGGUUGAGGAUGAGGAGAAGCUAAUAGAGAUUAUUAACCAAGCGGCUAAGGAAGGAGCAAUGUGUUUCUAUACUUUAGCAAACCCUUUAAUGGCUAAGUCCGCUAAACAAGCCUGCGAUCAAUGCGGUGUGCUUUCAGUUGAUAUCCUAGGACCAAUCAUCGAAGGCAUUGCGUCUCAUUUAGGUGUUUCUCCAUCAGGUCUUACCCGUGGAGCACCUGGUACUAGGGUCAAGACUCUCAAUGAUGCAUAUUUCAAAAGGAUUGAAGCCAUUGAGUUUACUAUUAAGCAAGAUGAUGGGACUUUACCCGAGAACUUAAGCAAGGCUGAUAUAGUUCUAGUUGGGGUUUCUCGGACAGGGAAGACGCCGUUGUCGACCUACAUAGCUCAAAAGGGGUACAAAGUUGCGAACGUACCGUUUGUGAUGGGUGUGGAACCACCCAGGACACUCUUUGAUGUUGAACCGAGAAAGGUUUUUGCUUUGAAGAUUCAGCUCGUUGUACUUCAAGCGAUUAGGAGAACAAGGGCUAAAACUUUAGGCGUAGAUACACAGGCAGAAAACAAUUACUCAGGGAUCGAUCCUGUUCGGAAAGAACUGGAUUUCGCGUCAAGGUUCUUUGCGGAAAACCCCGGAUGGGCAGUGAUAGAUGUGACCAAUAAGGCGAUUGAAGAAACCGCGGCUGUGAUUUUGCGGCUGUACCAUGAUGAUAGAGACAGUACUACUUCAGUACCGUGUAUCUCACAACGUUACUAAGCUCACUCCUUUGACAGUAUUGUCAGUAUAUGAUAUGAAACAGUUUGGUAGUAUUUCCAGAAUUGAAAGAUAGACCUUUGUAUUAAGUGAAUAAAGUAUCGGUAAUAUAAUAAGUUAAUAACAAAUCAAACAGAAGCAGUAAUUAUUUUAGUUGAA